CAUCCAUCCCAGCUUGGCUAGCACCAGCACGGCGUGCUUACUUACAUCAUUUACAGCGAACUAUAUAAGACCGCCAAGUUUCGCGGAAGAGGACGAAACCUCAACUUCAGGACUGCUCUUACCCAUUGAGUCGAUGGAGUACAACUUAACCUAUCAGCCACCUGAGUCGGUACCAGUCCAUUGGAAGGUUCCAGACUUCAAUGAACAUCCUAUAAUGUCCACAUUAUUCCGUUCACUCUGUCUAAUCUCAAUGGGAAGAUUGUCUAUCGAACAUUACUGGAAGACUCACAUCGACGAUGAUGAAUACGAGAAAUAUAGGGAGACUUUUGUUAAAAGACUGAGUAAUACUAACAUAGCGGCGGGCUUGGUGCUCACUACUUCGGCAGUCUUUCUUUCAACACAACCGCCCCUGACAUCAUUUCUUCCAUACACUAUGCGCGGUUGCUAUAUCUUAGCCCUAGGAUCUUUCGCACAUGCCCUCGGAGGCUUGCUUUCUGGUUUAGCUGUGGUCAACAUAUGCCAAACCAGUCCUGACGGCCACACGCUUUCGACUGUGCUGUACACUUCUGUUCAUCAGCUGGCCGACUAUAUCCCUCACAAUUUCUAUCUUCUUUUUGAUGUCAUCUCUUAUGAUCGCGUGUUACGCUUCUGGAGUGUGGUGGCUUCAAUUCUUGACAACAAUAGAGAUAUUGUCCUGGGCGUGGCUGCCCCCUCUCUUCACUUGGUGUGCACUCAAAGAGACUCUUCCAAAACACUUGCGGACACCCAGACGGCAGACUGGGACCAGGCUGCCCUCCCGAGUAUAAUGUCACAGCUCAUUCCAAGCACCAUACCCAUUCGAACUUUUGAUGAUCAUGAGGGGAUCGUAAAGGCAGUCGCAGUAAUCCCCAAUAAGCGACGAAUAGUUACAGCCUCGAACGACAAGACACUUCGUCUUUGGGACUUGAAGACAGGUGUUGUGUUGAAGAAGAUGGAGGGGCAUAGCAAUCAGGUGUGGGCAUUGGCGGUAUCACGAGAUGGUCAAAUAAUAGCAAGCGGUGAUAGCGGCGGAGAGGUCAUCGCCUGGCACGGUCAAACUGGCGAAUCUUUCACCCAACCCAUCAAAGCCCACACCUCUCAAAUUACCUCACUGGAUUUUUCUCCGGAUGGUACGGUGCUGGCCACUGGAUCAUGGGACUAUACCACUAAGUUUUGGUGUACCAAAACGUGGCAGAUGCAAGGAAAACCAAUCGACUGUGGUAAUAAUACUAAGAUCAACUGCGUUCGGUAUUCGCCGUCUGGUGAACUUCUUGCCAUUGCGACGGACAAUAAUAUCGAAAUUUAUAAUCCGGGCACAAGGGAACGCGUCGCAUAUUUCAAGGCUCAUAUAAAAUACAACUCGUCACUCGCGUGGACGCCCGAUGGUACACGUCUUCUUUCAGCAGGCAAUAAAGAUGAUCCUACCAUACGGGAGUGGGAUCCAUUGACCUGGGAGGAGGUUGGUUAUCCCUGGGAAGGCCAUACUGGCAGUAUCUACGCCAUUGCCAUUCAUCCUGCUGGCACCCUCGCCGCUUCCGCAUCUGAAGACAAAAAUGUCCGUCUCUGGCGACUCUCAGAUCGACGGACCAUCGCCAUCUUCCGGCACUCAUCCAGCCUGAUGGCAUGCGUCACGUUCUCUGUGGACGGCAAGCACAUCCUCAGCGGAGGCCUAGAUAAAAAGAUCUUGGAGCAUCAAAUCUUGGCUAUCACGACAGCCCGCAAUGCAUGUAUAGCUGGGGACCUGGACACCGCUGAAGAGUUACUCACCCAAGAGAUCGAUACCGAUGCCAACCCUUAUACUUCCUAUGCCAAUCGCUCAUUUGUUAUGGCCCGAAAACAUGACUGGGACCACGCCCUUGAUGAUGCAAUCGAGUCCAUUAAAAUUCAGCCCUCAUUGACAGGCUGCAUCUCUAAAGGCAUCGCCCUCUGUGGAAAAGGCCGCGUCCGGGAGGCAAGGAUAGCAUUCGACGUUGCAUCCAUGUUCACGAACCAAGAUUCAAAAGCCAACCAUUUUCUUCUCUUGAUAAAGGCCAUCGCCCUCUUCAACACAGAUCAACACGAGGAAGCAAUGCUGCUCGUCGAAGAACUCGCUGCCGCUUGUCCGAAUGCCGAUCCUCUCGGGUGUUGUGUCGUGGAAACAUAUCUACGCGUUCAGCUCGGAACCACAGCCUUGGAUGGUGCACGUUAUGACGAAGCCGCUGAUCACUUCACUACUGCUGUCAACUCCAGCGCUUUCUCAUCGAAAAACAUUCACGAAAUAUUCGAGGACUUGACCGUG